AUGGCUUUGUCAUACUUUGCCGUCCGUUCUCUUGAACUUCUUUCAUUAAGCUCCCCUGUCCAAUGCCCGGUAGUGUUGGAUGGGCGCAUUGCUCAGAACACGACUCUCUCAGUGUUUGACACAAAUGCCAGCCCGUUCAAUCCCGGAUACAGCAAGGGCCAAAAUCUUUCGUGGUCUCAAAUCCUGGAAUUCCCACCGGCUGCACCCUCCCUUUUCGAUGCCUCCUCGCCUGAGAGCUUCAAGCCACUUGAGGUGACUAUCGAUGAUAGGUCUAUCUUCAACCCUAGUGGUACUAACCCGCAGCUCGGCUUCAGGAGGGCUGGUCUGCUGCUGGGCAACGGAUCCGACGCAUCGAACCAAGGUGUCAUGACCUUCCACUGGAGCUCCAAGCAGGACUCGGCACGGCCGCUGAACCUGACCCACGAGUAUCUCACCGUGUGGCACGAGACCAACGAUUCAUCUGGUUCACAAUUUGCGCUACAGCUCGGCCUACCCUUGGGCUCCAAUGACACUUCGGAGGCCUCGUCUCACAGCUGGAAGAUGCUGGAUCGGAACAACAGCGUUGUAUUCACGUCACCACUCAACUUCGAUGAGUGGCAAAAUUUCGCCGUUACUGUCGAUGUGCCACAAAACACAAUCCAGGUCUACUUCUCCGAGGGGUCCAGUCCACUGGAAGCCGUUACUGAAGUGCUGCAGAACGACAACAGCGGUGGCGGCGCUCUUCAAAUUGGGUUGCUGAAGAAGCCCACGGAAACGAAGACCGUGGUGUUCGAUGGAUUCCAGGAGAGUCCUCUCAACGAGGGUCAGAUCUAUGGAGGCCUAUUUGUUGAGAACAGCGCGGACAAUUGUGUUUCCCUCGGAACUGCGAAAGCCUGA